AUGUCAUCUAAGAUGGCGGACGCGCUUCCUGAGCAGGGGCGCGAACUGCACAAGCUGGAGACGAAACAGCCGGGACUGGGGGGCCACAUUCUGCAGCGCCUAGACAGAAUCCUGGAGAGGUUCUGGCAGAUGAUUGAAGCUCGUACGAUGCCUGGACAGUCCCAACAACAAGGGGACCGGCGGAAGGGCAAGAGAAACAUGACAACUGAGCCCCCUAAAAGCACAACUCCCACGACUGCACGUAAGAAACCUGCCUCAGACAUCAUUACUGUAUAAACAGAUCAGGUGGAGCUGCUACUCCGGCCGCAAAGGCAUGGAGUAGAUGGAGAAGACGGAACAGCGCCCGCAUCAAGCAGAGGAUCACCCAACGCCCUCACACUUACCGGGCACAGAGGGAGUUGGCACCGCCUGGAGACCAGGAAUAUAGACCCCAGAACCAUUCUCGCUCCCAAGUCUGGAGACCCCAAGCCGACAGACAGGCGUACCCUCCACAGGUGGAAAAAAACAGAGACUCACCCACUAUAA